UACUGAACUACAGCUCGGAAAGAACUACAGGUCCCAUGUUCAUCAGCGCCACUUCCGGUUUCCGGUUUGGUUGAGCAGUGAAGAUGGCGGCGCCCACGAAGAAAAACGCGAGCAGUGCUUGUGUGAUUCCAGGAGGAUUUACAGUGUUGUCCCUGAAGUACCGCACCAACAGUACAGCGCAGCACCAGCUGUGUGUGAAAGAGCACAGAGUGCGAGCACAAACCAGCGAACACAGACCACCGGACAGGACGCUGUUCGUCCUCAACGUCCCGCCAUACUGCUCACAGAGUGUGGUGAAGGACUUGUUCUCUCAGUUUGGUCCAGUUCAGCAUGUGGAACUGAGUGAGAAACCUGGAGCAGCUGAAGAUAAACAUCCCGACCUGUCGCCAUAUUUCACACCUGAACAGAAACAGUGUUUUAAGGUGGCCUACGUGGUGUUCAAACACUCCUCAGGUGUGGCGGCAGCUAAAGCACAUCCUUACGACUCUCCGCUCAUUGUCUCCACUAAAGAGAAACAGGUUCACACCGGCCUUAAGAAGUGGAUCCGUGAAUACACACAGUCAUUCAUCAAGCCAGAGCUUCUGCAGAAGGCCGUUGAUGACUUCGUGAGCCAGUACGACAAGAGGAAAGAGGAGGAGGCGGAGCUUCAGAAGAAGGAGGCGGAGGAACAGCAGGAGGAUGAAGAGGGUUGGGUUAAAGUGACCAAAGGAGGCAAAGGCAUUAAGUCCCGCCCACACAGUGAGGCAGCCAAUCAGAGAGCGCUUCAGAAAGAACACAACAAGAAAAAGCGGAAAGAGCUGCUGAACUUCUACACGUGGCAACAUCGCAACUCGAAGAGAGAACAUAUUGCUGAAUUGAGGAGGAAGUUUGAGGAGGAUAAGCAGCGCAUAGCUUUACUCCGAGCUCAGAGGAAAUUCAGACCCUACUGAAUACUUCUCUCUCUCUCUCUCUCUCUCUCUCUCUCUCACACACACACACACACACACACACACACACACACACACACACACAAUUACAUUUACACACACUUUCAUUUGUAGUAAAUAAAAUCUUUUAGAAAAACA